AUGGCGUCUCUUCAGAUAAAAUUCAAUCUAGAGUCUCGUUGGCACACAAAUGUGCUUAGGUUGGAAGCAAGGACAUAUAUUGACAUAUAUGGAGAUAUCCAAUCAAUUCAACAACACAAGCUUCAAAUUCUCUCAAGAUGGUGGACAGAGUCUGGUCUAGCUAAACUAGAGUUUUCUCACCAUCGCCAUGUGGAAUUUUAUUUUUGGGCAGCUGGAUUGUGUAUUGAUCCAAAGUAUUCUACUUUUAGAAUUGGGUUUGCAAAGAUGGCUACCUUUGUCACUUGUUUGGAUGAUAUUUAUGACACUUAUGGAACUUUAGAUCAACUUGAAAUAUUCACAGAAGCCUUUAAAAGGUGGGAUUUACCAUCUAUGGAAGGACUUCCAAAAUUUAUGAAGUUGAUAUUCAAAGCAUUUGAUGAGGGUGUGAGGGACAUGGCUCAAGAGGCUGAAAAAAAUCUCAAGCCUGUACUCUUAUUAGAUGUUCCCAUUUCUAAUGAUUCUAUUAAAGAAAUCGAUUAUCCAUCAAGGUUCAAUGAGAUCUUGUGCUUAACCCUUAGAUUAAGAGGUGACACAAAGAAUUUCAAGGCUGAGGCAGAUCAUGGAGAAGUAGUAUCAUGUAUAACCUGUUAUAUGAAAGACCAUCCAGGAUCUACAGAGGAAAAUGCAUUGGAGUAUCUGAAUUAUUUAGUUGAUGAAAAACUCAAAGAAUUAAAUUGGGAAUAUUUUAAAAUUGAUAAUGUUCCAAUAAUUGCCAAAGAUCAUGCAUAUGCUUUAUGA